AUGGCGCUGCGAGCGGCGGUGUUCGACCUGGACGGGGUCCUGGCACUGCCAUCGAUCACCACCUCCUGGGCCCGCGCCGAGGAGAAGCUGGCGCUGCCCAGAGGUUUUCUGAAUGAAGCUUUCAAGAAAGGAGGCCAGGAUGGCUCCGUUGCUCGCGUGAUGACGGGAGAGAUCACGUUUUCGCAGUGGGUGCCCUUCAUGGAAGAAGACUGCAGGAAGUGUGCUGAGGACUCGGGAAUACGCCUGCCUGAGAAUUUCUCCGUAAAGCACAUCUUUGACAAGGCGCUUUCAGCGAAAAAGAUCAACUACCCCAUGCUGCAGGCUGCUCUCACUCUCAAAAAGAAGGGAUUUUCAACCUGCAUCCUCACCAACAACUGGCUGGAUGACAGCGCCCAGAGAGGCAGCCGGGCCCAGUUGAUGUGUGAGCUCAGACCACACUUCGACUUCCUGAUUGAGUCAUGCAGGGUCGGAAUGGCCAAGCCUGACCCUCAGAUCUACAAGCUCAUGCUGGACACCUUGAAGGCCGAACCCAACGAGGUUGUUUUCCUGGAUGAUGUCGGGACUCAUCUGAAGCCAGUCCGUGACCUGGGCAUGGCCACCAUUCUCGUCCGCGACACUGACACGGCCCUGAGGGAGCUGGAGAAAGUGACUGGAGUGCAGCUUCUCCAAACUCCAGCCCUUCCUCCCACCUCCUGCGAUCCGAGCGCCCUGAGCCACGGGUACGUGCUCAUCAAGCCUGGGGUACGUCUGCAUUUUGUGGAGAUGGGCUCCGGCCCUGCUGUGUGCCUCUGCCAUGGAUUUCCUGAGAGCUGGUUCUCUUGGAGGUACCAGAUCCCUGCCCUGGCCCAGGCGGGCUUCCGGGUGCUGGCUGUGGACAUGAAAGGCUAUGGAGAGUCGUCUGCUCCUCCCGAAAUAGAAGAAUAUUCCUUGGAAGUGUUAUGCAAGGACAUGGUGACCUUCCUGAAUAAGUUGGGCCUCUCUCAAGCCGUGUUCAUUGGCCACGACUGGGGAGGCGUGCUGGUGUGGAACAUGGCUCUCUUCUACCCUGAGAGAGUGAGGGCGGUGGCCAGUCUGAAUACUCCCUUCAUGCCAUCAAAUCCCAAUGUGUCCCCAAUGGAGAUCAUCAAAGCCAAUCCUGUCUUUGAUUACCAGCUCUACUUCCAAGAGCCGGGAGUGGCGGAGGCUGAACUGGAACAGAACCUGGAUCGGACUUUCAAAAACUUCUUCAGAGCACAUGAUGAGACUUUUCUCACCACGAACAGAGUCCGUGAAUUGGGAGGACUUUUUGUGGGGACCCCAGAGGAGCCCAGCCUCAGCAGGCUAGUCACCGAGGAGGACAUCCAGUUCUAUGUGCAGCAGUUCAAGAAGUCUGGGUUCAGGGGGCCUCUAAACUGGUACCGGAACAUGGAAAGGAACUGGCAGUGGGGCUGCAAAGGCUCAGGAAGGAAGAUCCUGAUUCCAGCCCUGAUGGUCACUGCUGAGAAUGACCUGGUGCUUCAUCCCAAGAUGUCCAAGCAUAUGGAGAAUUGGAUCCCCAACCUGAAAAGGGGACACAUUAAGGAUUGCGGACACUGGACACAAAUAGACAAGCCCGCUGAGCUGAAUCGGAUCCUCAUUGAGUGGCUGGAGACUGAUGCCAGGAACCCACUGGUGGAUUCAAAGCUUUAG